UAAAUAAGAUUCUUGCCAAAUAAAUAACUCAAACAUUAAAGAUUAAUUUUUAAUGGCGAUUAUAUAAAAAUAGGAGCUCCUUAUUAACAUACCAAAAAGUAAAAAAUAUUUGAGGCAAGCUCUGUUCAAGUUCAAAAGCGCAGCAGCAUUCAAUUUAUUUAUUUAAGUAAGCUGGCAGCACUGUUAGGCACUUGUCAGCUGUUGAAUGCACCGUUAAACGGCACAUAAAAAUGUCCUUUUUAAAGAGAGAAAGUGCGCUGGUGCUAAACACACCAAAGCGCAUAGAGCUGCUCAAAGACGGUCCACCAGUGACAGAAAGGUCCAACAGGUGUCAAAUUUUGGGCCGAGGAGCCUAUGGCACAGUCUUUAAGGCUAUUUAUAGAGAGCAUGCCGUGGCCCUGAAAAUUAUUAAAACCGGCGCCGUAUCCACAUUGCAAAAUGAGGCGCACGUUUUGAACUGGAAGCACAAAAAUAUCGUUCGUUUGAUUAAGAUGGAAUCGACGCCCGAGUUUGGUUUGCUUAUCAUGGAGCGACCCAGUGGGCUAUGCCUGCAGCGUGUUUUAGAUACGCUUGCGUUGCCAUUGUUGCACAGAGUGUACAUAACGCUCGAUAUUCUGGCUGCUUUGCGAUAUUGUCAUUGUCAGCAAGUGUUGCAUCUGGAUGUGAAGCCUCCAAAUGUGUUGGUUGCAUUGGGCACCAAGCAGACCGGAUUUGGCAAACUGGAACAGUUUAAACGUCGCUACAUCUGCAAGCUUUGCGAUUUUGGUAGCUCGCUUCGAUUGGACGAUGAACAUAGCAGUGCAAAGGGCACAUUGCGUUAUAUGUCGCCGGAAGCGUUGCGUUCCUUGCCCUUGACCAGCGCCUCGGAUAUUUACUCCUUGGGCAUUACAAUGUGGCAGUUGCAGGCACGUCGCUUGCCCUACCAUACGCUCAACUGCAACGAUUCCAUUGCCUAUCAGGUGGUUAAGCAUGAUUUGCGCCCCGAUAACUAUGCACUACUAGAGUCACUUGAGAUGGGCAAGGAACAGUUGCCCUCGAAUGGCUGUUACUGUGGAACCGAGUGGGCAGAUGGCUCUGUGGAGCUCAUGUACAGCUAUAUAGGUCGAAUAAGGCCACAACUGGAUGUGCUACUCUCUACUGAUCUGUACAAAAAGGUGCGUCGCAAUCUAAACUUUGAGUCCAACCAUGGACGUGUGCAUAAGCGGCACAAACAGCGCAAGCAGCCGAGACUCGCGCACUAUUUCGAUGAACCAACAACCGAUGCGUCCAGGUGUCUUGAAGGUGUUUAUAGCGAGCUAUAUAAAAGCUGUUGGCUGAGCCAACCCGAGCUGCGUCUAAACGCUCUCCAGCUACAAAAACGCUUGGAGCUGAUCUUAAACAAUUUAUGCCCUCCAUAAUUUUAUAGUAAGUCUGCCUGGAAUUCGAAUCUGCG